UAUAACAAAUGUUGUUGUGUCGUCGCGUUGCUGUGCGCCAUAUUUUGCUUUCUUGAGUCUAGCGAUUCGAACCGAUACCACAGUCGUUAUUAAGAAGUGAUUGUGGCCUCACGCGCCUAAUUCGUUCGCUCCAAACUUAACGCUCUGCAAAAGUUUUUAACUUUUAAAUAAAAAAAAAAUAUUUAAUCGAAUAUAUAUUUUUUUUGUUUUAAUUAAAUCGUUGGUGCUGUAAAUUAAUUUUUAACCAAUUCAUUAACAAUUAAAUUAGAAAAUAAAUUUAGACAAAAUGAAAUUUUUAAACAUUGCCCUGCUUUUUGUAAUUUUUGCCGUAGCCUGCAGCUUAACUUUUGCACAGGACGAACCAUCAGCAAAACGUAUAGCACUCAGACGCCCUGUUGGUAAAGCGGUUAAGACUUCAACAACAACAGCAGCACCACCACCAUCAGCUGAGGGUCAAGAUGGUGAUUAUGCAGAUGAAAAUCCAGAGGAGCAAUAUAGCGAUGAAGGUGAUGAGGCAUCACAUUCAAGCACUACAACAACAACCACAGAGGCACCAAAAAGAAUCGGUCCAGUAAUACGUCCAUUCCGUUCAAACGAUGAUUUCUUAAAUUCACUUAAACGUCGUCAAAUGAAUGCAAAGAAACACAGAGAUGAAAAGCCUGUACCAAAAAUUAAACAGACACAAGUAGCUGAAAAUGGCGGUGAGGCGGAAGAAUCAGCACCAGCACCUGCACCAGCGCCCACAAAAAGUUUCAAAGGCAACCCAGCAUUGAGCCGUCGUAAGUUCACAAAACCCGGAAAAGCAGAAGCACAACCUGAAGAUGCUGGUGCCGAAGAGCCAGAACAAGAAGAAAAGGAAGACUUCAAACCAAAACGUCCACAAGGUCGUUUGGCUUUAAGGAGACGUACUUAAAUUAUUUUAAAUAACUUUAAAAACAAAAUUUAAUUAAAUUUAAAACUUAACAUUUUCUCUGUGUUAUUCGAUUGUGCAACAUUUUUUUUUAUAAAAAGCAACAAUUUUAUUUAAAUAA